AUGAAGUUUACCAUUGUUCAGUGUUUUGUGAUCCUUGUUGCGGUUGUUUCCACGUACGCUGAGGAAAACGAUAUCCGCUGCUAUUCGUGUGAUGACUGCACCAAACAAGCACCAACGAUCGUGAAGUGUGACGCAAAGAAUGGGCUCGAUCUGAACGCGCUGAGCUACAAUCCGACCUACCCCGUACUGACACCGUCCACCCCGCCGUGGAACGCAAACCCUUGGGAUCCACUGCUAACGCCACCGCCAUUGAACGGUGGUGGCAAUCAAUUUUAUCCGUGGGAUCCACUGCUAACACCACCGCCACUCGUCGGCGGUAAUAAUGGAGGCGUCUGGUACCCGGGAUAUCCCGUCUACACCCUGCCGCCAUUGAACGGUGGUGGCAAUCAAUUUUAUCCGUGGGAUCCACUGCUAACACCACCGCCACUCGUCGGCGGUAAUAACGGAGGCGUCUGGUACCCGGGAUAUCCCGUCUACACCCUGCCGCCAUUGAACGGUGGUGGCAAUCAAUUUUAUCCGUGGGAUCCACUGCUAACACCACCGCCCAUCUACUAUCCGUGGGGCAAAGCGAAAGCACCCAGCAAGGGCAUGGCGAAACGUUUCGUAUGUGCCACGAUUCGCAGCAAGGGCAAGGAUCAAGAAGUGGACACGGUUCACCGGCGCGGAUGUGCCGAGAUAGAAGGGUACGCUGUGGGCGUUUGUGACCAGAACCAGCUACCGGUACCGGAGGGUGGUAUUACGAGUUGCCGCGUUUGUGGACAUUCGCUGUGUAAUGAGUAG